UCAGCAAAAGAGACAGAGAUGAUAAUAAGAUUGUGAGCACUCCAAUGACAGAGUCUUUCUUAGCUGCACUCUGAAUGAAAUGUCUACUAUUUUACAGGUUACCUCAUUUUUUCCUCUUUCUCAUAUCUGGAAUACUUCUGAAAUGGUUAUGCUGAGUUGAUUUUGCUGAGUGCCCAAUGGCCAGGGAGAAUGAAGCUUUUUCAAAAAGAUGAAAGUUGGCAAAUGGAUUUCCACAAGAUUCCUGUAAGUAAAGAUGCCAUUUACUGUUUGCAGUGCUGCCAGAUGCAUGUGUCCAGAUAUUGCCUAGAUGUCGGGCUGUUGAACAUGCUGCAUGAGAGCUUUCACCUACAGGGCUGCUUUGUGAAUCUAAGCAGAGGAAACCUCAUUACUGAUUUAACUGAUUGCUUGCUGGGAUGGUGAAAACAACAAGGGGAUUCUUGAUACAGAAAAUGAACUCCACAUCACAUAAUGGAAUAAAUCAAGUGUACCACUCUAGAAACCACACUUUGGGGACUUUAUCUGGGACUAAUAAUUCCAGAGAAAACCAUCCUUCUGGAUGCUAUGAGCAGCUUUUUAUAGCCACAGAGGUGUUUGUAACCCUUGGCAUUGUGAGCCUUUUGGAAAACAUACUUGUCAUUGCAGCAAUCAUCAAAAACAAGAACCUGCACUCUCCUAUGUACUUUUUCAUUUGCAGUUUGGCUGUGGCUGAUAUGCUGGUUAGUGUUUCAAAUGCCUGGGAAACUAUUGUCAUUGCACUAAUUACCAGCGGUGAUCUAAAAAUCCAAGACAACUUAACCAAAAAUAUGGACAAUGUCAUUGAUUCGAUGAUUUGCAGCUCACUGCUGGCAUGUAUUUGUAGCUUGCUGGCUAUUGCUGUUGAUAGGUACAUCACUAUUUUUUACGCCCUGCGCUAUCAUAACAUUAUGACGAUUAGGAGGGCUAUCAUGAUUAUUGGUUGCAUCUGGUCAUUCUGCAUAGUCUCUGGUAUUCUCUUCAUUAUUUAUUCUGAAAGCACAACUGUCAUUAUUUGUCUUAUUACGAUGUUCUUCACCAUGCUUGCCCUCAUGGCAUCUCUAUAUGUUCAUAUGUUCAUGUUGGCACGGCUGCACAUGAAAAGGAUUGCCGCUCUUCCGGGCAAUGGCACAAUCCGCCAAGGUGCCAAUAUGAAAGGAGCGAUCACCUUGACCAUUUUGCUAGGAGUUUUUGUUGUUUGCUGGGCACCAUUUUUUCUUCAUCUCAUCCUCAUCAUUUCUUGCCCCCAGAAUCCUUAUUGCCUCUGCUUCAUGUCUCACUUCAACAUGUACCUCAUUCUAAUUAUGUGCAAUUCAGUUAUUGACCCCCUCAUCUAUGCUUUCCGAAGUCAAGAGAUGCGCAAAACCUUUAAAGAAAUGUUUUGCUGUUACACUUUGCGUGGGAUCUGCGUAUGUGAGCUGCCUACAGCGUACUAGAAGCGUACCUAUCUAGACCAUUUCCUGGGACUCCUGAAAGACACAUACCUCUAAGUGUUCUGUGAUAAUUUAAACAUGAUUUGCAAUUGUGCUCAAUAUUAUGUAUUGUUCAAGUUCAUUUCUGUAUACUUUAAAAAUGUUGUCUGCCUUCACAAAUGAGUUGUGUCCCUGUAUUCCAUUGUGUUACAAAAGACUGCAGGUUACAACUAAGGUUCCAAACUCUUACUCUCACAAUAGUUGGAUUGUUUUUCCUCCUUUACACAAAGGAGGCAAUUUAUUUGCUUCAGUUCUUUUGAGUAUACAGGUCUUUUUUAGUGACUCUCAGCAAACAUAUGUGGCAUUUUCACAUUUAAGCAACAUUUGAAGCACGCGAUAUGCAUCUGAAUGGCAAAUUUCCAUUUAACUAAACAUAUUUAUGUCCUCAAAUACUUGAAGAAAACUUGAAAACUGUGUGGCAUAAUGAAUUAUUAAAUAAAAUUGUACACUAUUCAGGUCGGCAAAUCAUCUUGUUUUAUUUUUAGAGGCAUUGCUCUUUGUAUUGAGACUUUUACUAUCAUGUUUUGCUUCUCAGGUUAAAAUGUGUUACAUUUGCCUAAAGCACAGGUUUAUCAGAGGUCAAUAUCUAUUUUAUUAUUUGUACUUUUUCUUAUUAUAUAGCAGGAAAUGUAUUUAUUUUGUUGUAGUGGACUUUACCCUUUAAAAAUGCCUGAGAUCAUGUGUUUGUGAUGCUUAUUUUAUAAAUGUAUAUUUUAUCUGCAACAUGCUUUAGGUUAUUUAUUUAUAUAUACAUGUAUGUAUAUAUGUAUUUAUGUAUGUAUGUGUACAUUUUCAAAUUAAAAAAGGUGGUUUAUUUAUACAACAAUAAGAUAACACAAAAAAGCACCAUUGAAAAACUGUACCUUCUAAUGGCUUGCAUUGCAAACAUUUUCAAAGUAAAAAUGAAAAAGUUAAAAAUUUAUGUUAUUAAACAAUAAAAAUAUGAAAAAAUAUGUUUAUAAUAAUAUAGAUUCCUGACUUACUGUGCAUAGCAAGAAUGUGCAUUUGUUUUUUGUUAUGUUUUUUUUUUUUUACAAAAAAAUAGUGUGAAAGAUGUUUCUGCUAUUCACAGUUCUGGAGACUGAAUAAGUACAAGGGAGGUAAGUGGUUGGAUCACGAUGCCUUGUUUUAUUCACUUAAACAAUAGAACUAGUAAAAAUAAAACAGGAAACCCUGGCUGACAUUC